AUGGAGAGAGUGAAUUUGAGCAGUGAGAGUAAUAAAUUGAAAGACACAUGGGAGUGCACCAACUUGAGCUUAAAUAAAGAUUGUAAAAGUGGGUAUCCAUGGCCUCAAAGGGACUACAAAUGCAGCUUUUGCAACAAAGAAUUAAAGUCUGCUCAAGCCCUUGGGGGUCACAUGAAUAUUCAUAGGAGAGAAAAGGCCAAGUUGAGACUUUCACCUUCUUGGCUCGAUUCUCCUAUUGCUAACUCUAGCCCUAACCCUAAUUUGUCACUCAGCUUACCUCCUGCCAGGAGUUUCUUGGCGCCAUACCUGAUCUGUGGCUCCUCCCUUAAAAAAUCUCCCUCUCUCAUCACUAAUUGCUUCUCUUCACCAAGUACUACUUCAGCCUCCACAAAGCAUGUAGAAAAGGCGGUGCAUUCUGUCUGUGAUGCUUUGAGUCCUCCGCGCCGGGAUAUGCGAAAGAAGAUGAACAUGGGAGCUUUUCUUGGGGUUGGAUCAGGAGACAAUAAGUUGAAGUCUGGUUUUGCACAACAAGAUGAAUUUAGGGUUUUGAAGAAAAGGGAUAUCAGUAGUAGUAGUACUAUUGUUCAGUUGGACUUGGACCUCAACAUAGGUUUGAUUCAAGAUGCUGCGAAAGAGGAUUUGGAUUUGGAGCUUCGACUUGGGUAUUAG